GGCGCUAUCACAGCGGGAUGGGCAAAACGAACUGUACCCAUUUUCCCAUCCCUCUCUUUGCGCUCUUGUCCCUGCUUCAUCUUUCUCCUUCUGUCUCCAUGUCUCACAUCCUUCUUCGUGGCUAUUUCUUCUUCCUCUCCCCAUCCUAGGUGUCUAUCCCCUUUGCAUCGCUGCCUCCAGCCCUUUCAUCAAUGCGAACAGCCUGGCGGUAUCUCCGCCCCCGCGCCUGGUUGGGGGUGACACAGCGCAUGCGCCGUCAGCGCCCCUCCCUCUCCACCCCCACCCCUCUUCGGCGUCUGGGCCUCGUCCCCUUCUCUCUGUCUCCUUCUCCCCCAUCACUUCUCCCGGCACUGACACCCCAUUACUCCAAUUCCCCGGGUCUCAGCUUUGGUCUCCAGCCCCAUCCACCCGAGGAUUUGCCUGACGGCUGCCCCCAACUCUGCACCUGCCCCCCUGAGGGCCACCAAGGACCAUGACUAAGACAGAUCCCGCCCCGAUGGCCCCUCCGCUCAGGGCGGAGGAAGAAGAGGAGGAGGAGGAUGAGCCUGUCCCGGAGCCCCCCAGCCCCACCCAGGAGCGCCGGCAGAAGCCUGUUGUGCACCCCUCGGCACCUGCCCCCCUCCCCAAGGACUAUGCCUUCACCUUCUUCGACCCCAACGACCCUGCCUGCCAGGAGAUUCUGUUUGACCCGCAGACUACCAUCCCUGAGCUGUUCGCCAUUGUGCGCCAGUGGGUGCCCCAAGUCCAGCACAAAAUCGAUGUCAUUGGCAAUGAGAUUCUGCGCCGAGGCUGCCACGUGAAUGAUCGUGAUGGGCUGACUGACAUGACACUGCUCCAUUAUGCUUGCAAGGCUGGGGCUCACGGAGUCGGGGACCCCGCGGCGGCUGUGCGCCUCUCUCAGCAGUUGCUCGCGCUGGGCGCGGACGUGACCCUGCGCAGCCGCUGGACCAACAUGAACGCGCUUCACUACGCGGCCUAUUUCGAUGUGCCCGACCUCGUGCGCGUGCUGCUGAAGGGCGCGCGGCCCAGAGUGGUGAACUCCACGUGCAGUGACUUCAACCACGGCUCAGCCCUGCACAUCGCUGCCUCCAACCUGUGCCUGGGCGCGGCCAAAUGCUUGCUGGAGCACGGCGCCAACCCAGCGCUUCGGAACCGAAAGGGACAGGUGCCAGCGGAGGUGGUCCCAGACCCCAUGGACAUGUCCCUGGACAAGGCAGAGGCAGCGCUGGUGGCCAAGGAGCUGCGGACACUAUUGGAGGAGGCCGUGCCACUCUCCUGUGCCCUCCCCAAGGUCACACUACCCAACUAUGACAACGUCCCAGGCAAUCUCAUGCUCAGUGCACUGGGCCUGCGCCUGGGAGACCGCGUGCUACUGGAUGGCCAGAAGACGGGCACACUUCGGUUCUGCGGGACCACCGAGUUCGCCAGUGGUCAGUGGGUGGGCGUGGAGCUGGAUGAACCUGAGGGCAAGAAUGAUGGCAGUGUUGGGGGUGUCCGGUACUUCAUCUGCCCUCCCAAGCAGGGUCUCUUUGCCUCUGUGUCCAAGAUCUCCAAGGCAGUGGACGCACCUCCCUCAUCUGUUACCUCCACACCUCGGACUCCCCGGAUGGACUUCUCCCGCGUCACUGGCAAAGGCCGCAGGGAGCACAAAGGCAAGAAGAAGCCCCCGUCAUCCCCAUCUCUGGGCAGCCUGCAGCAGCGCGACGGAGCCAAGGCUGAGGUUGGAGACCAGGUCCUCGUCGCAGGCCAGAAGCAAGGGAUUGUGCGCUUCUAUGGGAAGACAGACUUUGCCCCAGGUUACUGGUACGGCAUCGAGCUAGACCAGCCCACCGGGAAGCACGAUGGCUCUGUCUUUGGCGUCCGGUACUUUACCUGCCCUCCGAAGCAUGGAGUCUUUGCUCCAGCAUCUCGAAUUCAGAGGCUCCCUGGCGCACAGCUCCUGGCCAGACCCUGCCUGACCUCUUGUGGCUCUGACUCCUCCCACCCCUCGUGUCUCCCUAGGAUUGGUGGAUCCACCGAUCCCCCUGGCGACAAUGUUGGAGCCAAAAAAGUACAUCAAGUGACAAUGUCACAGCCCAAACGCACCUUCACAACAGUCCGGACUCCAAAGGACAUUGCAUCCGAGAACUCCAUCUCCAGGUUGCUCUUCUGCUGCUGGUUUCCCUGGAUGCUGAGGGCGGAGAUGCAGUCUUAGAGGCCCUGGACAUCCCACAAAGAGACACAGAGUCCCCUCUAGUGUCUCCUGACACAAGGAGCCCCCGAGUCACCCUGAGAUAGAGAUUCCCAGUAACACAUCCAGAAUAGAGACUCCCCCAGUAGCCAGCCCUCGAUCACUGAGGCCCCAUUAUUAACAGAUUUCCCCAUGAUAACUCCCCAAAUACAGACCUUGUGUUACCCAGAAAGAGAUUCCCUGAGUGUAGCACCUUCAGGCUAGUCCCUAUCCCCAACCUCUCAGAGCAGACCCCCUAGUAACAGAUUUCCACAUCAUUCCAAAUGACGGUGACUUUCUCUACAUAAUGCUCCACAACAGAACAUUCCUGAGUCACUUGUCACUGGAUCAGAACCCUUACCUAUUAACAAAGACCCACCCCAUCAAGUCCCCUUGAAAGAAACCCCUCCAGAACAACAGGGUAACAAACCCACAUUUAAUUUCAGUCCCCUCAAGAUGCUGUGACCCCUGUGGUCACCCCAAACCCUUACACUACAAUCAGAGACCCCCCUCCACUGACAAAAACCCCUGCUCUUACCCCUCAAGAAGAGACCCACAUUAACCAGCCCACUGUCACCACCAAUUUACAGACACCAAAACAGUCCUGGAAGUGCUAAUUACAGGACCCCCAAGUCUUCCUGUCCUCUGUACCCUCAAGAAACCCCCAGUGCCUUGUAUGAAGCCCACCCCAUGUGGCCCACAGUACCUGUGCUGGCCAGGCUCCCAGAAAAUUCUCUAUUUUUAAAGCAAUUAUUUCCCCCUUUGGGGGACCCCAAAAUUUGGAGGUCCCAUUCUGGGACUCUAAGCAUCCUAAACCCCAGAUUACAUGUCCCAAACUACCCUGUGCCCCCAAGUCCUACAUCCCCUAGGAGACCCCAAAGCCCUAACUCCCAGGACCCCCAAAUCAUGGACUCCCCAAAUCCCCAGGGAAUCCCAAAUUUAAAAAUCCAAUCCCAAGCCCCCAGGAAACCCUAGUCAUGGAGGUCCUUGUGCCUGGGAUGGAGGAGACUGCAGUCAGGAUAUGUAUCCCGGGCUCCCAGGGCACCUUAAGUCCCAUUCAUAGGCCCCAGGAGACCCCAAACAGGAAUUCUUAUCCCUGGAAAACAGAGGACUUCAGUGCCCUGAGUCAGUAGAUCUCAAGACACCCAAAUUCCAAGAGCCCUAGCCCCAAGGGAACCCCAAAUCCUCAAACCUCCAUCUCUAAUACAUGAAGGGCACCAAGGCCUUGAGGGGAUCCCAAAUCCUGGAGCCCCCACUAUAGUCUACUUUCUGGUCACAGGUCCAAGACAUUAAAUCUUAAGUUACUGGCCUCGAAGGACCUCACAGCUCCCUGGCCAGACUAUGCUCGAGGGAGACCCUGAAGGCCCAGGAGGUCCACGGCAGACCUGGGGCCCUGAACACCAAGGACAGCUCACAACUGCCCCUUCACUGCAUGUCCCCCAAACUCAGCAUGACCCCGACUCCCUUCAAUAAAGACGUUUCUAUGGCU